GUCUAGGAGACCGGGGUGGGGUGUGAGAUUCCGGACAACAGAACGGGGAAGGCCACUUGCAGGUGGGUGCUCAUCACCACUCCCACCCCAAUGACACAGGGCGUCAUUCCCUUUCUUGGAAUCUUUGUCGAUGACCUAACUCUGCUGCAGAAGUGGACGCAGAAUAAUGUGGCUGCCUUCAAGAUCAUCCAGCAGCUGCAGUUGCUGCAGGUGACUGCCAAUAAUUUCUGUUUUCAACCGGACAGAGACUUUCAGUCCUGGUUCCAAACCAUGAAGCCACUGGACCAGUACAAUAUCCACAACUUCUCCUGGGAGCUGGAGCCACCAUUUCAAUAGGCCAAAACAACAUCAAGGCCGAGGAGACCUGUCCUGGGACUGUGUCCACAUUUGAGCUACUUUUAUUUACUCUCCCCUGCCACUCCCUUACACCCCCCUGGAAACCUGUUCAUUUACUCCGCCCUGACACUCCCUUUUCCUGUCAUCUAUAUUCCUUAUUCCUUGCUCCUCAUCCCUGGC